CCAUAGUAAUUGGUUUCUUCUUCUUCAUCGAUCCGUUCCUUUUGUCCUGCAGUCCUGCGAUUCAACUGUCUUCUGAUCUGCCAGUUCAUUAGAUCAGUGUGAAGUUUUUUCAUUCCAUGGUCUGAUAAACUAAGUCAGGUUCAGGGGCUGUAGAGGCAAUUUCUUGACCCAUUUCAGGGAAAAGAAUAUUCUGUUAAGGUUUUGGUUCAUAUUGAUCGAAUUUGAUUUGAUCAGUAUCAUGGAAAAUGCUGAACCAUUUAGUGCGUCAACCGCACCAUUGACAUGGCACGACUUUUUGGAGCGCAUGAGGCAUCCAUCUGCAUCAGAAUUUGUUAAAGCCAUCAAAAGUUUCAUUGUAUCCUUCUUGAAUAAUGCACCAGAUCCUGAAAGAGACAGUGCAUCUGUUCAAGAGUUCCUAAGCAAUAUGGAAGCCGCUUUCAGGGCACAUCCUCUUUGGGCGGGUCGAUCUGAAGAGGAGUUAGAUAGUGCAGGUGAAGGGCUCGAGAAGUACAUAAUGACAAAAUUGUUUACACGUGUCUUUGCUUCAAACCCAGAUGAUGUGAAAGUAGAUGACGAACUCUAUGAGAAGUUAGCUUUGGUUCAGCAAUUCAUUCGACCCGAGCACUUAGAUAUUCAACCAACGUAUCAAAAUGAAUCCUCAUGGUUACUUGCUCAAAAGGAGCUGCAGAAAAUCAAUAUCUAUAAGGCACCACGAGACAAACUUGUGUGCAUCCUCAGUUGCUGUAAGGUCAUCAGUAACUUGCUGUUCAAUGCUUCCGUUGAUGCAAAUGAAAGUCCUCCUGGGGCUGAUGAGUUUCUUCCGGUUCUUAUAUAUGUUACCAUAAAAGCAAACCCUCCUCAAUUGCAUUCAAAUUUGUUGUACAUUCAACGCUACAGGCGAGAAUCUAGACUAGUUGGAGAAGCAGCUUAUUUCUUUACAAACAUGCUAUCCGCAGAGGCAUUUGUUACAAACAUAAAUGGUGAAUCACUGUCAAUGGAUGAAGCAGAGUUUCAGAAGAAUAUGGAGUCUGCUCAAGCUCUUAUCUAUGGCUUAUCGGGAGAUUAUGAUGGUGGUCAAAAUCAAAGCCUAUCAGAACCUAAAAACAUCAAGAGUCUAGAAAGUAGUGUUGCAGUUCAAUCUACGAUUGAAGAGACAAUCACGAAAGACCAACAACAGGGAUCAGUAUCUCCAGUGAACAAAGUCCCAUCAGUUUCCGAUUUGGAGAAUAAAGGGGCAAGUAUCCUCAUUAAAGAAGACACUGCAGCUAAAGAAUUUCAAAACUUCCCAUAUCUGUACUCACAAGCAGGUGAUUUGACGGUGGGUGAUGUAGAAAAUUUGCUAAAUAGUUACAAGCAACUUGUGUUGAAGUAUGUUAGCCUUGCAAAAGGGUUGGGUGUUUUAGCCCCAACGGUCCAACUGUCUACAACGGAAAGUGAUGCAGUAACCUUUAGUGAAGUGGAAGAUAAGGUAGCCAUAGAGCACCGCCAGGUAGAUGAUGGUAGAGUAGAGGGAGGUUCCGAUGGAGGUAAGGAUGUUUAUAGUGGGAAUUCAGAACCAACAUUAUCCGAGGAAGUUGUAUCUCACACAGAGGGAAAAGAUUAAUAGUAACUUUCUGUCUUGUUUUUUUUUUGUCAGUAUGAUCAAAUCAUGCAAUAGGAAAAGCUACACGAAUCUUAUGAGUGUAAUUGGAAUUAGGGUUUCUUUUUUCUCUUUUGUAAUAUCGUUUUCACAUUAAAUUGUUAUGGCGUGGAAUUUUUUCACGUUUAUUUUUUGUGAGAUUCAAUAGCAUUUGUUGUACUCUUGGCCAUGAUAA